AUUUUUUUGGCAAUUAACAAUAGCCUUUCUUCAAAGCUUGUUCUGAAAAGGUUAAACAAUCUAAGAAGUUGUUUGUUUUCUGAAUUCAGAAUUUUAACAAAGAACAUUUAGAUUGUUCUAAGAAUAGCUAAAAAGAACAUGGAACAUAAAAUUUGAUAUUUGUUGAUAUUUGAGAGGGGCUGAGGCGGAACGCUACUUUUACUUACUUUACUUAAAAUUUAUAUACCACCUAUGUAAUUUAUUAACACCCAUGUUAAAAAAAAUUGGAAAAAGUUCUUUAGUUUGGAAAAAUUUUGGUUGGUUACCUUAUAAGAAACCAGGUGGUUUUUUCAAUAUAUUGUAUUAAAAUAUAAAAACACAAGUACAUGUGUUAUACGCCAGAAAUGAUUUAAGUCCUAGGCCCACAAUAAUUAAAUUUUGUAUUGUUUCAAAUUUUUCUUUCUUUUAUCUCUUUAUCAAUUAUCUAUAGCUUUUCAGUAACUAAGAAAAUGAUAGCUUCACACCAGGUAUCACUACUAGUCACAUAUGUUUUAGUGGUUAUCUUUGGUAUUGGUUCAUGGGUGGCUAUAAACGGUAUUUGGGUUGAGUUACCAAGCCUAGUGAAUCAUGCUCCUGAAGGAUGGAAGCUUGGUGCCUAUCUAACAGUAAUCUGCCAGUUGGCUAAUAUAGGACCUAUUACAUACAGUUUAGUUAACCGAAAAGUCCAGAGAAAGAAGCUUCUACUUCAUGUGACGAUUUACACGCUGCUUGUUGUUGGUUUUUUGGCUUGUAUUCUAUUAUCAAUAUUUUGGAGAAAAACAACUUAUAUUCAUGGCGAACGAAGCACCGCACUUCUUUUAUUAAGCUUUUUGCUUGCGCUUGUCGACUGUACGUCAUCUGUUACAUUUUUACCAUUUAUGGCAAUACUUCCUGAAGUAUUUAUGAGUCCUUUUUAUGUUGGCGAAACAUUAAGUGGAUUUAUUCCAGGCUUAGUUGUAUUAGCUCAAGGAGUGGAUUCUCCUAAAAUCUCUCACAACCAAACAAACUCAUCUGUUGUGCAUAAUGCCACUUUUUCAUCACCAUCCUCAAAAGGGCUGAAAUUUCCUGUGGAAGUUUUCUUUGUUGUCCUAGCUUUUUUAAUAUUCCUUUGUUUUUGUUCAUUUGCGGGUUUAAACUUUUUAAAAGUGGUUAAACGUAUUCAUGUGCAUAAAAACGCGAAGCAAGAUUCUGCGAAUGAAACAGAUAAUGACACUAAUGACAGUGCAAAUGAUUCAUUACCUUUGAUUCAAAUUCAAACACCAAAUAGAUCUCCAAGAUUGCUGUUAUUUCUACUGAUAUGUCUUACUUCGCUAAACUUGAUCCAAAAUGGUGUUAUUUCAAGUGUAUCUAGCUUUGCUUGCGCACCAUACGGAAAUAUGACGUAUCAUUUAGUUGCCACACUUGGUGCCAUUUCUUCUGGAUUAUCAUGCUUCAUUUAUUUAUGGAUACCAAACAAAUCCCCAAAGAUUAUCUCUGCCAUGUCUUCAGCAUAUUUUAUUUUAUCGAUGUAUGUGCUGGUGAUAGCUACGCAAAGUCCAAAUCCAUUGUGGAAGUUCGACGAUCGUGGCAAGGUGUUAAUUAUAAUUGUAAGCGUUGUUGCUUCAGCAUUGGUUUCGUAUUCCAAAUUAUCAAUAGCAUCCAUCAUGAGAAACGAAGGACAAAACUACCUAUAUUACGCCGGCAUUGCGAACCAAGUUGGAUCCUUUAUAGGUGCAUUUGCUAUGUUUCCAGUCGUUAACUAUACUGAUGUAUUCAAAUCAUAAGAAUCAGCACAAUGAUGACAGACUAGGCGUUUGUUACUGGUUUAGGUUACUGAAUUUCUAGAUGGGUUUUCUGGAACAUAGAUUAAGCUUCCCAAGUUCACUUCCGUUCAAUGAUGUGCUAUCAUAUGCUACCAUACUCGACGAACUCAGACUCGUUUCCGACCAUCCGAUAUUUUUAGUUUAUAAAAUUUAAAUAUUUCUUGUGGCGAUGUUUUCUUACAUUAGAAGUCUUGCGAAUAAUAGAUAGUUUUUAUAAUAUCAAGAGAUGUAGUAACAAA